ACAGAUGGCGAUAUGCGUUUUUCAGGCGAUGCUAUCAGAGUGACGUAUAAUGUAGUGGACGGGACGCUUCUUCAACAACAUCUCGUCAGCCACCUCGGUAGCUUCCUAGCGGAAACGUUCAAGCUGUUCAGACUGCUUCGGUCUAUAUUUACUUCUGUAUUUGGAACAUAAUUCUGUCUUUUAACUAGUUUCCCCAUUUCAUGUCAUAUUUCCGUUUAGUCAGGUAACGGUAGCUGGCUUGAUAAAUGAGCCUAUCACUAGGCUAGUCGCUAACUAGCUAGGUUAGCUGGCUAACAUCCCCGACCAUGAGCUCAGCAAGCUGCUGCCCUCCUGCUAAAAAAGAGGUCUGCUGGAAGGAGAAAGAAGGUAUUUGGCUGAACGUUGUCGUGAAAGAGGAGAAUGAAGAGGAGGAUGUCACAGUAAACGAAGAAGUAGAGGAUGAGGCUGUUACACAGAAAGAAGAGGAAGAAAACGAUUAUACUUUAUUUGGAGUGAAUGAAGGAGAGAUAACUGUCAUAUUGAAGGAGGAGGAGAGGGAAGAAGAGGAGGAGACAGAAGAUCUGAGUAACACCAGAGAGAGACCAGACUCUCCUUCUGACAGCAGGAAGAGUCCUUCAGGGAAACCAGACCCGAGACGUCCAAACCAGCAGGACGACAUCACUGCUCCCAGUGUGGAAAGAGUUUUACCCAGUUAGGGAGCCUGAGAACACAUAAGAGAAUACACACUGGAGAGAAGCCUUACCACUGUUCCCAAUGUGGAAUGACGUUUACCCAGUUAGGGAGCCUGAGAACACAUAAGAGAAUACACACUGGAGAGAAGCCUUACCACUGUUCCCAAUGUGGAAUGACGUUUUCCCAGUUAGGGAGCCUGCAAACGCAUGAGAGGGGACACACAGGGGAAAAGCUUUUCCAAUGUUCCCAUUGUGGAAAGAGUUUUGGCCAGGUAGGAAACCUGAACAAGCAUGAGAGGACACACACAGGUAAGAAGAUGUACCGCUGCUACCAGUGUGGAGAGAGAUUUACCCGGUUAAGGUACCUGAAAGAGCAUGAAGGAAUACAUACAAAUACACAGGAGGAGAAGACAUACCACUGCUCUCAUUGUGGAAAGACAUUUUCCCAGUCAGAGAACCUGAAAACACAUGAGAAAAUCGAGAGGCUGUGUUCUGACUUGUGUUUUUAACUGAGAAUGUGUGUAUUUGUUUGGGCUGUCAGACUUGAGUUCACUUUGUGUAAUGUUAGUGCACUAUUUUUAAUUGUGAUUAAUCCAUUGUCUGAAAGGGUUAAAAACACACUGAAAACAUCCAGAAUACAUCCUAUAUACAGCUACAAUCUACAAUGCCAUGUAAACACAAGAUGACAUUGAGGUUAAAUAAAGUGUGAUUUAUCAAUGGAACAUA